GACCAGAAAUUUUUCAAAAUUUUUUCUUUUUUCAAUUACAGUGACACAAAAAAGUUAAUUUGGCGGCUAAAAUCUAUUUGCAACAAAUUAAUUCCAAUGGGUUUACACCAACUAUGUUCAUGUCAUACCAUAUUUUGAAUAAGAUUCAAUGAAUAUACAGUAUAUUUGGUUACUACUAGUUUUUAAUGCGAUCAAGGUAGCUCAUGCAACUUGGUAUUUCCAAGAAAAUAAGAUAUGUGAUCCUGGUGGCAGCAAUACAAUUCCAUUCACUGGGUUCAAAAUUAAUCGACAAUAUAAGAUUGCUGGUUUAUUACAUCCUGUCAGUAUGCAUUUUCUAGUUUUAACUCAUUGUAACCAUGGAAAGGUUGAUUAUCUGAAAUAUAUUAGAACAGAAAGUAGUUCAAGUGUGGAUUGGGAAAGACCUUUCUGUAUGUUCAAACCUAAGUUAGGUGAUAUGUUAACUCUUCCCCCAGAUGAUACAAUUCAAAAUUUAAUAGAUAAGGAAGUAGACGAGGAAGUUUCAAAGAUAGAAAUCGAAGGUACCAAGCUGUUAGAGUUUAAACAAAUAGUAUUAGAGAAGGUUCAAACCGCAAAGAAAUAUCUUAGACAUAUAUUUGAUAUGACACUAGAGAAACUCUCUAGUGGAAAUGCAAUACAAUAUACUGGAAAAAAAUCAUAUUCACAUCAUGAAGAUAUUAAGAGUGCUGAUCCACAGUCUACAAUGGAGUGGGAAUCCAGGAAUUUCGCUUGUUACAAGAUGGCUAGAAGAAGGAAAUAUGCCAAACAGAAAUUAUCAUUUUAUGUUCCUCAAACAUUUGUGGGUGGAUUAUUUGAAUGUCUAAUACCAGCUGAUAAAAGACGGGAAAUAUUUCAACAAUUUUCUACAAGUGAUUUUAUUAAAACAUUAGAUUUUGAAUGUGAUUCUUCACUCUCUAAACCUAUUCUGCCUUUAAUAGCUGCUGAUACUACAAAACAAUGGUUUAAAAAUGAUUUAUUGAAUAUAUUUAAUCCUGCUUUAGUUCAAACCAUUCCAUAUUUAUCAACAUCCACUUCACUUAAUAUUCGGUUUUCUUCCACCAAUACCCCAGAUAUGUUUGGAGAUACUUGGGCUACUAAAAUAAGAGUAAAUGAAGAUUAUGAUUAUUCUGAAGCUGAUAUUCAUGUAAUAUCAAAAGCUGUUUCGAUGACGGCAAAUUAUUUACACAAGCUUACAUCACCUAUUGAUUUUAAUAAUUUACUUAAAAAUCAUUUAAAUUGGGCAGAUGAACUGGAAAAUCCUAGUUUAACAGUUGAAGAUAGUAUAUUAUAUAAGCUUUCUAAAGCAAUUUCAUCUGACCAAAAAUCAAAUUUAUUCUUAUCAUUUGGACAACAAGGAAUUGAAUAUUUAACCAGAAUUCAAGAGAUUUGGGAUACUACUUUUGGGGAACAAGAUAAGAAUAAUAACGACUAAUAAACUUGUAUAUAUAUAGUACUUUUACAUAAAAAUAGAAAUUAGUUUAACGAAUAUAGAAAAACAAACAAAACUAACUGACGGAGAAAAAAGCAAUCUAA